CUCGGUUCGGCUUUUGUUCGGCUAGGCUUUUUGGAGGUGCUCGCGAGCGCGUCGAGCAGUAUCGUCAUCAAACAACAAACUAACACCGCACCGAAAGACCGCGGAGACGGACCGCGACCGAAAGCGCGAGCGUGCAGCAAACAAUUUUUUCCCGGCGAUUCAGCGACAGUCCCGGUGGCGGUGGUCGAGACCGUUUUCUGUUUCUAACAGUGACGACGAGCGAUUGGAAAAAUUCUACAAUUCAAAAAUUGGGUGUGCGUGUUUUUUUUUUUGUUAUUGCUGGAAGAAAAAGAAACACAGUGAAAACCGGUGAUAAGCGUGACACAAAUUGUGACCAUUUCUAUGUAUACCGAAAACAUCAACAACAUAACGUAACCCAUCAAGUCCCCAUCCAAACCCGUCAGGAUAAUCAUACAACUUCGCUGCAAUCGGUUUGGAUCUUCUGAAGCAGAUCCAGCGAAAGCGCAUCACUUCCGGCAUCAGCGACAGAUCGAGUGCCAGCUUUUCCCCGGCCGAGCAAUCCCUGGGUCGAGCGGGAAAAACAAAAAACAACCGGGCGCGCACCGAGUGCAUACUCGGCUGAGUGAAACAAUAGAAUGUUGUGUGAGAUAGUGAGGCAGCAGUGAGAGUGAGAACGGCACGGAAGUGUGAGCAGGAAGGCAACAGCCAGAGAGCCAAACCCUGUAUCCUUGCUGGAAAAAUUCGAGCGUGAGUGUGAACAGUGGGAAGAAACCGAUCCGAAGACCAACUAGACGCUUUUCCCUGUAACCACCAGCACCAGCGGACGGGAAAGAUCUCUCCAACACGGAAAAGAGGCUUUCUCUCUUUUGCUCGGAUGCAAAACGCCGGUAAUUGCAUAAGAGCGUGAUGCGAAAAAACGUAAACCCGACCCGGUGCAACAACAGAACGGUGCAGUGCGGUGCAAAUGCAGCAGUAGUGAUUCGGUGUGCGCUGUGAGUGCAUUUUGGUGCAAGGAUCGCUCCUGCCCACGAUUCAGGGCGAAGGCCAUCGCGAGGAACGUGACUCAUCGUCGAGCGGUUCCUGUUUGGCAGUAGUGCAGUACGUUCCGGUGAAGUUGCAGGCGAAUUGAAGAAAACUGGGCAAAGGCACACCACAUAGAGAGAGAGAGAGAGAGAGAGAGAGACAGGGCUCGAGCCGCUGCUGGUUCUUGCCGCCGUGGCUUCAUCAAUCCUGGCGUGUAUUAGCGUUGCCCAGAUGCGGUGCAGUGAUGAUGGUGGAUUAGUGCAUACGCCCGAACGUGGCGGGAAGGACUGCAGUUGCAGUCGGGUACGGGCUCAGUGUUUGUGAGCAAAAGGGAAAAAAAGAAGAAAAAAGUUUACUGCGAGAUGUGAGACCGGAAGUUACGGAAGCAUCAGUUUGAGUUGACUGCAGCAAAAUUCAACACCAACCGGUACUGAUUACCCCCCUCUUUCGGCAGACGCGCAGUAGCAACGUUUUUCGGUUAAGUUCGUUUCCGCAACACUCCUACACUCGCGGAGUCGUCAUUUCGGUAUCCAAUUCGGCUGAACGUACCGGUGCAGGCAAAAGGCAAAACGAGUGAAAUUCAUCGAAAACCUUUCCCGCAAACAAAAUUCAAAGAACCGGCAAGAAAAAAACUAAAAAUUUUCCAAAAUUCAAAAAUUAAAUCAAAGAAAAAACGACGCCACAAAAUCGACGGCGACCAUCGGUGAAACAGUUCAGGAGCGCACGGAACGGUGCGGUGUGUGUUUUAGAGUGGAAGGAAAACAUCAUUGAGCAAAGGCGAGAAAAAUCGGCCUGCAAGUGCGAACAACCUAAUCCGGCAAGCGUUGUACCACCGUUUGGAAAUUGUGUUUAGUUCGAAAUUGUCCAUUUUUUAAAAUCAAUCCUCCCGUUCAUGCUCGAUUUGCGUGUGGGAGUAAUUAUUUUCAACAAAACCACAGCAUCAAAUGUUAAGUGAGUUAUCGCUGCUCAGUUAACGCAACAAAAAAACAAAACGAAUCGCAGCAAAAGAAAGUCACCAAACGGGUAACGCGUAACGCUUGCACUGCGAAAUGCAUCAGGAUCGUAGGAAAAGUGUCGUGACAUUGUGCAAAGGACUCACGCUGGCAGCAGGAUGCCGGAUUCGACUGUUACACUAAGCGGUGUCUGCAGAAUUGCUUCCGGUGGGUUGUAACACCCCGCGGGAAAUGGGAGACACGUGAGCGUGAUAUGCUAAGGGCAAAUGUGAGUGUGUAAGCGAGUGCGUGCGUGCAUUUCGGAUCAUUCGGAUCCACCUCUUUGGCGUGUUUUUGGGCGUAAAAUGUAAGAUAAAAAUUCAAAAGUUUUGUGGAGAAAAGUAAAAAUCAUUUAAAAAAGAAUAAGGAAAAGCUAAAAUAUCCCCCUCGCUGGUACGAAAUCGAAAUCAUUCUAACAUUAUCGAGCAAUACGAGCAAAAAGAAAGGACAAAGUUAGCGAGUGUGUGUGUGUGAAAUCAGGAAAACAAAACGAAGUGAACUUUCGCCCGCAGAUUAGGCGGAAAAAAGGAAAACAGGGGGAAACAAAACACCACGGAUCGCCCAUGUGAAGCGUACGGCAAAAGCGCAUAUUUUACUCAAAAUUAACACUUUCGGCCCACAAAAAAAAGGAACGAAAAUUCUUUCUCCAUUUUAAUCAUCAAUCUGUGCAAGUGAACGAAAUUACAGUCCUUUGAGUUUGAGAAGCGUGUUGUGCGUGUUUCGGGCGAUCGGGAUCGCGAAGCGCGUUGUAAAUUCAAAAGAAGUAAAAAAAAAGAGGAAGCAAACAAAAUUUUGCACAACACGCUUAAACACUUGUGCACAGCAUUUUUCGGGCCCCCCUCCCUCACGACAAAAUUUGCAAAACCCUUUCGGAGCAAAGUUUUCCGUUCGAUUACGAUUUUACGUUCGGUAAGCAAACGAGUGCGCGCGCGUUUAUCUGCCCCCGCAACGUGUGCGUGAGUGAUUCAUUGCGUGUGAGUGUGUGCAGUAGUACGUGCAGUGUGUGCAGUGAGUGUAUGUGUGUGUGUGCGCGCGGAUGCGUACGUGUGCACGGCUAGUGAAGCGUGUGCAUACUGAGUGAGUCCAGCAGCAAUCCAUUGAUCCUUUGAAAAAGUCUUGUAAGAAGAAGAAAAGCCACAUCGUACGCUAGCCACAAACAGGCUAGUCGAGAGGGAGAGAGAGUAAAAAAAAAACCCGGAAGCAUCCAGCAAAGCAUCAGGCACACACAAACGAUCGCUACAUCAUCGGACGAUAAAGAUCUCAUCGUCGAUCUGGUGGUGCUGCCCGUUAUUGCUGCGGAGAAAGAUCGUUCACGGGAUAGCAACGAGCAUCACGGCGUAAACGCGAAACGACGGCCACCGAAUCUAAUCCCUUUAAGCAAUUCAAUCCAAGACGGAGGACCUUUAGUAUCCCUCCGGUCACACGUGCGGACCAGCGUGUGCGUGUGUGAUAAAGUAUCCUUCGCGGGAAGUGUCACUGUCGGAACGCUGUGUCUACGGAAGGCAAACGGCACCAACAUGGAUCAACAACAGUACUGCCUCAAGUGGAGCAACUAUUCAUCCAACCUAGCGGCGGCCUUCUCGAACCUGUUCGAUUCUGCCACACUCACAGAUGUCACGUUGGUUUGUGGAGGGACCGUAUUUAAUGCACACAAGGUCAUACUGGCGGCAUGUUCGAAAAACUUCGCCGAUCUGUUCGAACGGGCUCCGGUUGGCACGGGACAGAUAUGCGUGAUGUUGGAGGCAACCUCGGCCGACAACAUGCACGCACUGCUCGAGUUUAUGUACAAGGGCGAAGUACACGUGUCACAGAAAGCGCUGGAAAGUUUUCUGAAAGCGGCUGAGAACUUGCAGGUCAAAGGACUCACCACAGAGCACGGACGCUUUGCGAGCGCCAAUGCCAGCCAACCGUCACAGUCACCGUUUCACGGGCCACCGAACGAUCUGCCAUCACCUGCCAUUCGCCGCCAGCAGCGCAACAGCCUCUCGUCCUCGAUGGAAUCGAUCAACCGGGCGGUAAAGCGGGAAACCGACAGUAUAAUCGCAAGCAGUGCAGGAGGUGGCGGUGGUGCGGGUGGCAAUGGAUCCAGCCACGGUAGCGGCGCCGGUGGUGCUGGCACGGGCAAUGUAAGUAGCGGUGCGGACCGAGGCAGCAGCGGCGCCCCGGACCGCACUGGUCGUGGAAGUGAUCGAGGUGAUGGCGGCGGUGGUGGUGGUGGUGGAGGGGGAGGUGGUGGUGGCGGCGGUGGCAGUACCCCGGCGUCCAGUUUCUCCCCGUACCUGCAACCGUCGUCCUAUCUGCAAGGAUCCUACGAGAACCGCAAACGAUCGCUACGAUCACCGUUCUACGAGCAUCAGGAAGCGACGCGGGACAGUGUGCUGCGGGAUGGGAAAGCGAGCGCAGGCAACGGCAGUCCGGUAAGUGGCAGCAAAAACUAUCGACCGUCCAGCAGUGGUUCUUCGGCGACACCAACGGAAGCAGACACCAUACACACGGAUCGGGAUUCACCGCAACAGUCCAACCGGUAUGAAAAUCACAGUCCCAGCACAACCCACCAUGGCCACGGUAACGGACCGGUAUCGUCAAACACAAUGGAUCGAGAGGAUCGGAACGAUCACAACGGCUCGGUGGAUCACAAAGUGAAACACGAAAGUCGGGAAGGCAAUGAGGCUGGUGCGGAAGAUUUGCGCGUCAAAAUGGAAAUGCGACCCAUCCAAUCGCCGCUCAGGUCAUCGGCACCGUCCACCCCAACCACACCGUUAGGCUUCAUCAAUGUGAAGGGUGGUUUGGAGGCGGCGAUACCGUCAGUGGAUAUGUUGGGCAUGAUCAGCACACCGCGGGAAAGCGUAACGACGGCGGACGGUUUGCUUUGCGUUCCAGGCAAAAAGCUGCAGUGUCCACUGUGCGAUCGGCAGUACGGCUACGAAACGAAUCUGCGGGCGCACAUACGCCAGCGGCAUCAGGGAAUACGUGUGCCAUGUCCGUACUGCAGCCGAACGUUUACCCGCAACAACACCGUCAGAAGGCACAUCGCCCGGGAGCACAAACAGCAAACGCAGUUUAUGCCCAGCCAGCUGCACAGCUAAGCUGCAGCGUGUUGCAGGACGUCGAAGUUUGCUGCCGCCUCCGUCUCCUCCGUCUCCUUUACUUCCUGCUCCUCCUCCAACGCGUUCCCUACUUCUCCCCCCUCCCCUUCCCAUUAGCGAGUCCCCAGUUAGACGGAUCUACCGUGUUGGCCCGUUGUUGUUCCUAUAAAUUAGUGAAAACGAAUUGUUGCAGUAUCGCAUUGUAGCCAUACCUCAGAGCCCCGUUCUUUGAACGCCAUCGCCAAAGAUAUGUUGAUGCAGCCAGCCCCAGCCGCCCUCUCACCGAUACACAGCCACAUGGGAGAACAGCUGCUGCUGCCGCAUGUUGGUGAUGGUGCUCACGUGUGACAUCAGCUGCACCUGUGUUUGAGGAAGGCAGUCAGCAGAUAACAUCAAGUUCGGAGUGCAGCCAGCUCAGCAGUGAGGUACCAACAGAUUGGCAUUCCCAGCAGCACAUCCCGCAGUGUACGAUCGUCCCAGCCUCAAUUCUAUCGAUGAAGGUGUUGUGAGUGAUGCUAACACCAAUAACGCUGUGUUCGAAGAGAGCAAUGGAUUAGAAGAAACGAAAGAUCGUAUCAGAAUAUCAUAAACAAUGACCUUUGGGGGAUGGUUUCGAUGGUUCGACCGUCACGAUGAUUGUGCGAACAGAAGUACGUACUGGUUACGUAGAUGGAUUGCAACAGGGUAUCCUAAAAGGGAAAAAGGGAAAGUCUCGCAUAACUUGAACUGGAUUGGUAGAGAGCUGAUAAAAAAGGGGAAAAUCAACGCUACGGAAAUGGGUUUCCGAACCCGAGACACACACACAACCAAUACUACAACCUUAGAACGCAAUUACAAUAUGAAAGGUAUUUCGUGAAUUGAUUAAGUCGGAAUCUUGAUUUUCUUCCUUUACAUUUGCAUUUAGCAUCAUGUUAGUAUACUGGUUAAAAAUACAGUUUUCAUUUGUCACACACAAACACAAGGCGCUAAAACACUAAACCAGCAAUCGACGGACAAUAGCUUAAUUUUUGCCAGUAUUUGGUAACUCUACAGCACUUACUUACACAUGCGGUAUGAUUGAACUCCAACGAUUCAUGCUGAUCGAAACCCAUUGCUUUAAUUUUUAACGUUAAUAUAUCAGCACAACAUUAAAUUACAAUCACCACAAGUGUCAUUAAUCAUCGAUUAUCGUGAGUGGAGCGGCAACCACCCAUCCCACUCUGAGCGACGGGGGUUUUGUAAUAGAAUCUUGCUUAUGUUUGCUACAACACAAAGCCACAACAGACAGUAACUAUAAAUCGAUACUGCUACAUACAUACAUACAUACAUAUAGAUAUAGAGAGAAUGAGGAAGGGAGUAGAGUAGCAGAAAGGUAAGAUAGGUGAUAGGUGAUUAUUAUUUUCUUUUCUUUUACCGUUUUUUGUUUGUUUUCUUAUUAAAAUUCACUAGAACACACACACAUACAACCAACCGUGCUGCAUGGGGGUUGCAUGUGGUUUUUGUUUAAUAGUAUCAGAUUUGCAUUUCCUUUCGGACUGGCGAACGCGGUUCAUUUCAAGCGCCAUGUGUGUGACAUGAUUGCUUGAGCAGCCGUUCGUUCGUUCGUUUCGCUUGAUAGUAGAGGUGCGUUCGUUUUCGGAGGUUUUUUUUCCCCUUUCCCUUCAAUAUUGGGGAAAGUGAAGUGGGGCGAGAGCGAAAGUAAGCAAGAAGCACAUACACACCUACACACAUAUAUGGAUGGCUUCAAUCAAUGUAAUAGUAUCCUAAUUUAACGAAGAAGAAGUAGAAGAAACAACGCAAUGUAGGAGUAAUGCAUACCUUUUUUUUCUAAUGAAUAAUACAAACGUACCUGCAAUGAUAAAGAAAUAGGGAAUCAGAUAUAGAGGCGAGUUGAAAUCGAUAGCUUAAUGAGAAAUAUUUAACUAUGCAUAUAUAUAUGAAAGUAUAUUUAAACAUAAUCUACAAAACAACACCCCAUACACUACUACACAUGUACUUGAAAAAGGCAGAGGUGCAAAACGGUUUGUUUUGUCGGUGGACGAGAAAAUAAUAGGGUUGCUGCAUGAUGCGGCAAGCGAACAACUCAAAAGACAUUUAAUUACCGGCCGCCAGGGCUAAGGCUGACUGCUGCCAGCUGCCGACUUGAACUCGAUCGCCGUUUAGCGAAUAACCUAAAUCGGGCAAGCAAACCGAUUCCCAGCCGGUGGUUCGCCGCCGAUGCACGGAAUCAAUCCUCUGUCCAGACAACAAUCUUCAGCAGCAGAGAGCAAAAACCUUAUGGAACAACAUGGAUGCAAUGUGGUGUGGAAACUUGGUGCCUAUCAAAUAGAGAAGAUUCUAGUUUAAAAACAAAAAACAGUACACUUACUACUAAUACAAAUACUUCUUACUACGACUCCUAAAUCCGCUAAACCUUACUAUGGUUGAACAAAACUUCCCCUUUUCUGACUUGUUAAGGUUAAUUGAAUCGUUUUUAUUCACCCGUGCUUGGGGUUUUUUUUUGUCCGCGCGCAAGUGAAUGAUCGAACGAUUUAAAUAGCAAACGUACGUAUAAUUUACCAUACCUCAAUUGCAAUAGAUAAUGGAGCCUGUGUUUUUUCUUCUAUUGAUCUCAUUUGCUAUAGCAUUACGGAUUUAGUUCACAAACAGUUCGCAAACAAUUAUUUAUCGACCACACUUUCCCGACGAAAACGGCCCAGGCUCAGAAUCUACCAGUUCCCGUUCAAGUUAUUGUGGUUAAACUCGUGCAACGCCUAGGUAUAGGAAUUGCUGUUCCGGUUUUACGGGAUAAAGUUUAUAUACCGUUUCGGUGCAUCGAUUUAACGCAGGACCUAUUUCGGCAGCCGUAGGACCAAUUAAGCAAUCCAUCUCGCACCCUUAUUCUCUUGAACCUAACCUUAUACCGGCAUGUGGCGAGGUAUGAGCCGAAGACAGUACGGCUUACAAGAACACACAGCUGAAUAUAGUGAAAACAAUAGUGAAAAACGAUAGAGGCCCAAAGCAAAAGCGGACACGAAGUUAGACAAUUGGCCGUUUAAUGAUUGGUGCAAAUGUUUAAACGAAAACCGGCGCAUUUUCACGCACAUUUUCAGCCCCGGGGUGGAGUUCCGUUACCGUUUUUGUUUUUUGUUUUUGAUUAUUUUUAUAAAUACUACCAUUUUUAACUGUUAUAAACAACAAAAGAAAAACCGAAGUUACCGCAACAUAAUAUGAAACCUGCCCGACAAGAAAGGGUUUGCGUAGAGGCAAAACAGUAAUUGAAAAGAUGCUACUUUAUCAACGUUAUCAUUAUACGGUAGUAGGUACAACGCAGAUGAGAUUUUAUUUUUCGUGUACAGACACACACACACACAUACAAUAGCUUUGUAAGAUUUAUGUUUUAUGAGUUUUCUCAGUACCGUUUUUUUUAUUCUUCUUCUGUUUUUUUAUUUCAUUUCUCCCCACACAGUUAAGGGGAGGAUUUUUUUUUCUUUCCUCCAAUGCAAAUGAACUCUCACACCCACUGGAAGAUGAAGAGAAAUGAACUUGUAAACAAACAUAUGAUGCUUCCCAUAUUUGAACCUUCCCUUGAAGUGUGACGUCAAACGCUUAACACGAAACCGAAUCCGUUAGUUCAAUUUUUAAAAAGAGAAAUCAUAUUGUUAAAACACACACAGCCACGUGCGCGAAGCAGGUGGUGCCGUCGAGAUAUUGAUAGUAGUAAUGCAAGACAAAUCGGAUUAAACCACUCUUGCACACACACACCCACCACAAAACAGGUGCGGCAGCAGGAUGCAAUGCUACCCAGCAGCAAUUAUGGUUCUUGUUAACGAAUAAUGUGUUCUGUUUCUGUUUUCCACGUGCAAACAACUACUGUUUUAGUUUUGGAAUGCACACACACCUCCUUUUGUCCAGCCCCAAAACCUCCUCCCACCCCUUGUCCUUAUAAAACUGUUAUAAAAAGAGAGUACACACAAACGGGCGAGUGAAGGCCCGGUGUAGGUGUAACAGAAAACAUAAUAUUCAAACGAGGAAUAUUUGCAAGCAAUUUACAAGAAGGUGAAAGACAACUGCCAAUUAAAACGGGUCUAUUUUAUUCCGCUACGGGGGUGCGAAAAUGCACCAACAAAUAAGAGUUUUUUUUUGUUAGUUUACAUUAAACCACAACACACUGCUAGGUAUUAAUUCCGUUUUUUGUUUUUGGUAUGACGAGAUUUGUACUUCCAUUGUUUUCUUCGUUUUCUAUUCGGUUAACCACAAUCCGUAUAAAAAACUGGUUUCUUCCAAAGCGAUAACACAGCAUAACACAAAACUCUUAAGCUAAGUCGUAAUGAUAGAAAAAACGAAGCGAAUGGAAAACCACUUUGAAACAAAACUCGAAACAUAAAACACUACUUCUAGCCUACUGGCAGCGAUACAAAAUGAGUAAAGAAAAAUACUAAACAAAAGGAAGCAAAACAAAGCAAAAAAAUAGGAAACAAACGAGCAACAUUUAAAAAUAAUAACGUAGAAAUAUUGAACACGAAUUGAAAACAAAAAGAAUGAACACUGCAAUCAACUACCUCCACGUACUGUAGCAAAUAGUGAAAUAGGGGAAUCGCGUUUAGGCAGAAGAAGACGGGGGAAAACGCCAUUUUUUAUGUUAACUUUUAAAAUAGCUCUUGAUUUUAAGCAAUAAGCACGGCCGUGUAACGGUCCUGUAACAAUAAAUAUACCUACGUACUUCUUCAAAGACAUUUACAAAUCAGGUUAAACAAAACGAAGCAAACGAUAGCGAACAGCAUAAGCCGAGCGUGAAACUGCACACUGCAGACUAGUAUCGGAUCACUGCAGCGAGCUAAUAUUAAUAAUAACAUAACAGCGCUCCAGACGAUUGAUCGCUCUUCAGCACACCAACAAAAUGCUAAAACAAACCAAUUUCACAGGCAAGCAUCAUUCAUCAUUCUCUGGUUGGGUGAAAAUGUCUUAUCAUUUGUGAUUACUUUGCAAAGCACGCAGCAUCCGCCCAAUCCCCCAGCUGGCAACUCACAACAUUAUUUCGAAAACAAACGGAAGCAAAACGCAUACUGUCAUAGUAAGGUUAAAAAAAGUAACUCACUCACUGGCAACUCAGCAGUUGGAAGAAAAUGGUUUUGGCAAGUUCAAAUUCGGGGCAAACAAAAAUACAAAAAUCGACGAAGCAGGGUGAAUGACCAUUAUGAUUUUGGGCGGCAAAAUUUUCGACAGCAUAAUGUGACGAAAAAAACAGCAAAUGGAUCAAUGGGAGCAUGGAGUUGUGUGCGUAAACGUGCGUGAGCGCAAAAUUUGCGCCAAUAUUUCGGAAAACAAAGCGGAAAAAGAAGGAUGAUAAAGCUCUAAAUUUACUAAACAAAAAAAAAACAAAAGUAUAACAUAUUCAACGUGCGAAUGACGCGAGAAUGGAAGAUUACACUGUGAGUGCGAGCACUUUAAAAACUUUAGUUACUAAGACCAGCACACACACACAAAAUGGCAGACCGAAGGAUGUGGAAAGGGCGCGAAGGUGGAAUAAUCUCAUGUAAAUAGGAGGUAACGUGGGCGAUGGGGAGUAACGGGAGCGAAAGUGGUUGGUGGUGCACAUAACGGGAAGCACACAAAGGAAUGGGAUAAUCCUUUGGCGCAACCCGUCACCGCUCACCGUCGCAAACGUCACCAUCUGAACCUCCAGUACAACAGCAAACCGUGCAAACGUGGAAGCGUAAAUUGCGAAAGCUAUAAAAUAGCUCAAAAAAGGGAGUAAAAUUUAAUGAAAUUAAAUUUUUCGGCAGUCGAGCGAGCGAGAGAGAGAGAGAAAUGGAAAGCAAUGAAGCAUACGAGAUUCCGCCUCUAUCCUCCUCCGAAUCCGGCCCCCAACCGUGAGAUUGUAGAACGAAGGGAAAACAACUACUACCGAGCGUGUACUGUGGAAGCAAAAUUUAGUCAGCGAUGUAAAUUUCUAAAAAACAAAACAAGCAAAAAAAAAACUACGAAUAGAAUGCAGUGAAAAUGUUGGCUUACGUAGAGAUGAAAUUAGCGGGUGAAAAGGACUCACCGCAAAAACAAAACAAAAAAUUAUUAACGAUCGAGAGUAGAUUGCGAACCGACAUUUUUGGAUGAAUACAAACGCGCAAGAGAGAAGAUGUUGUGACACUACUAAUGCGGCAUCAUGAAAUUUAGUUGAUAUACACACAAAACGGGUUGCACUACGCCCCCUUUUCUUUUGGCAAAUUGAUGUAGAGAGAAGAAAAAAAGCAGCUAGAGUGCAAAAUGUGGUGUGCAACGGAGCCCCCAAUAGCAAAUGGGGCGAAAUGUACAUACAUACAAAAACACACGCACGCACACACAUGAAAAAAAAACGAUGUGAAAAAUUUAAACUUUGGCGAGAAGUAAAUGCUGUAAAUUAAUAAUGUUUGGCGAAAUAAUAUGACACAAAAAGAAAAUUGUUUAAUACGUAGAAUAUAUAGCUUGACAAACAAGCAAACAAGCAAACACUAUACGACAAAAUUGAGUGCAAGCGAAAGGGUGAAAUACGACGACACCUUUCGGGCCAGAACAGAGCUAUUCCGGAAACAGUCCUGGCGCAGGUGGAACCCCGUCAUCAACGCCGGAAAGCGAGACAGUAAUUAUAAUUAUUGGUUUUGUGGCUUCCGCCCCACUGUGUAUGGAUUGAUGCUUAUUAAAGGCGCUUCUAUCUUUGGCAAACUCCCCCCUUUUUGGCAACUAUUACUGAGAAGAAAAAAAAAUCUUUAAAUAAGCGAAAUUUAGUUAGUGCAAGGUGUAAACAAAAAAAAAGAUAACAUUAAAAAAAAUAACACACGUGUUUAGGCAAUACCGAACCAAACAAAACGGUUCGUUUUUUUUGUUCAAAAUUAUUAAACAAAAAUUUGUAAGCAAAAUUCUAAAUUCAAUUCAAGAAGCGCGCGCGCGAUAUCGGGACGAAGGAUAAGCAAAUGAGGAUCGGUUUUUGGCGUUGGUGUUUCUUAUUUGCUUUCUGUUAACGCUAGUACGGAUAUACUGAUGGACGCACUUCGGGACAGGGCAGGACUUCUUUGAAGUUCGCCAAAAGGUGUGUGUCACAGCAAGGUGCAAAACUUUUAGGCAAUUAAGACAAAAUUCUGCAGUACUACAUGUUUGAACGAAAAAAAAUAACGUGUAAAGUGUGCGUGUGUGUUUAAAAGUGAGUGUGCGUUUGUUGGUUUGUUUUUUCCUUUCCAAACGAAAAACCGACAUGAUGCUUAUCGUAUUUAAAAAAGAAAAAGAAAACGGUCACCUUUUCCAAAAACUGUCAAGCGCAAAGAGGCCAUUUUAGUAAGCACUGGUUCGUAAUCUGCAAUUUGUUUCGGCUUAUAAAACGGUUUAGAUCACAGACACACAUUUGGCAAAUUACUUUGGAUAGCGUAUUUUGGCGAAACACAACAUACGAGUAUGUUUGGAUCAGUUUGUCCCCAGACACACACACACGCAGUUGAUCCGUUCUACUAUCUGCCCUGUGGGUGAGGAGGAAUGGCACCCGGUGCAAGCUUCCCGAUGCCACGGGAAUGCAUGAAGUAACAAGAAAAAGGAUUGUUUUAGUACUUGAUUAAUCGAUUGUUUGUUGUUAAAAGGACAAUUUUUUUUCUCUUUGUUAGGUUUUUCUUUUAAAGUACAGUAGCUUCCCGCUAUCGUUUUGAUAUUACGUUUAUGUGUUUGCGGACCGUUGCUUGUAAAAUCUUAUCGAGAAGCGUCACUCAGCAAAAGAAAAGGAAGUUGGAAAAGGGGCAAAUGGAGGCGCCUGGCAAAUCGUAACGAGAGGCAGCGAGCGAGCGGUAACCAUAUUUGAUAAGUGAGGAAAGUGCGGUGAGGAACGAUAAGGUAGGAAAGGAAAAAACUCAGCUAGUCACAAGUGCAACACACUCAGGUACAAUAAAAAUGUAACGAAACAUUGUAGAAUUAUUUGUAGCGUGUAUUAGAGAGACAGGGAGGGGAGCUACGGUCGAUGCGUCGCCUGUGCGGGACGACGGAACGCACGGAACCAGCAUAACCACAGCAUAGAGUCCAUGUAACACACCAGCAUAAGGAUGCGGCUCGAUAAGAUCGGUAGGAUGGAUGGAACAAAAGGGCGGUUCCGUGUUGAUUUGUGGCAUUUAGGGUUUCGUUUCAAUUUUUAGUUCGACAGUUCCUCCACACAGGCUCCACAAGAUUAACUUUGCUGUAUAAGUUGCUUUUUCUUUUGUAUUUACCUUUUUUUGUCGCAUUAGAAAUUCCUUUCCCUCCCCGAGGGAGGGGGCAGUAGAGGAUAAAGUGGAUAAGAGAAAAAGUACACACAUUUGCGAGUGGGAAAGCAACGGGCAAAAUUAACUUUAGAUUUAUAUACUAUCUGUAGCGCGUAGUGAAACGACGAUAUACUUAAAAGCCGCGUUGGGGGGUUACUCUACUGUUGUUGUGUGGACCCAUGUUUGUAACAAAUUUGUAUAAAGAAAAAACACAGCAAAUCCUUUUUGCGUCAGCGAUAAUGUUACGGAGGAGCACGUGUAAGGUGGAAAAGAGCCUGUAAAAGAGAUACGUAAAGUUAUGUUUUUUGUUUCGAUUUUUCGUCCUUGUUUGUGUUGCAAAUAUUUUCUUGCAAACAAAAAAAAAAAAAAUAAAACCGUUGAUCUUACAGAUCAAACGACCGAGAUACGAGAUACAAAACGAAACAAAGUAAACAAAAAAACAAAAGCUGCAAGUGCUGUAACGCAGUGAGCAAAAUACGACACAAGAGAUACGGAUGUUUUAAAAAUUCAAAAUUCUUCAAAAACUAAAUCAAACAAACAUACAAAAAAAUGAAGCGUACACAUUUAAACUCUUCAAUCUGCUUUAUUGGAAGCAACCAGGUUCUCGAUUAGAUUUGUGCAAGAAUCGCUUGAAACACUUGCCACAGCAACAACCCAACACAACUCAUACGGUGGAGAUGCGUAUACUUUUGGAAUACUGGUUUUUUGGAUUGCUUUUCGUACACACAACCCCUUGCAAAACUUAUCUCUACAUCAACGUAUACCAAAUAACUCAAAGGCGAAACAAGAGAGCGAGCAAGAUGGAACGCCAGCAAGGGCGGCCACUGUCACCAUCCCGGAGUGGGUUCUUCCGAUGUUUCCAACGCUAUCGACAGUAUCGAACGAGGCUACCACAGUGAAACCAUUCGAGGCUAGCACAGCGAAUGAGGCUUUCCGGAUGAGAUGAACACAACCACACAACCAAGGACCACUUAUAGGGUUAGUUUGCGCAAACUACAAAUCGCAACAGGAACCGGCAAGUCCAAUUCGCUCUGGUCUGGUGACAGUGGCGCAAACCCCCACGGCUCAGGAUAAUACGGUACCACAGCACAGUAACUGAAACGGUGUAAAUAUUUAACCCUUCUUUCCCCGUGCGUAUUGCUUGUAUCUCUGCCGAAACAGGGGGGCAAUACUGCACCGGAGAAGAGGGUGCACCACUUUGCAAUAAGCUAGUCUAAUAUAUUUUCUUUUUCAAACGCUGUAUUACACGAUGCACACGCGUUUGUGUGGCGCACACCCUGCACAGACUGGGUGGGCCUAUUUUCAAACCGUUGCUCGUCAGCAAACUGUGUAAACUGAAGGUGAACGGCACGGUAGCUUGAAGAAGGAACACCAAGUGCUCGAUUGCGUGUGUAAACGGGAGUGCGUCGCGAUGCCACGCUGUCCGUCGGGGCGCCCACAAAGCAAGUGCCGUGGAUUUUCAUGGGAGCCGAACCGAAGAGACUGUUAUUUAUUGUUACCUCAGUAGAUGUUAAUACGCGUGUGUGUGUGUGUAAUGGCGCGCAAUGCAAUAAUGUGUAGGCGAAGGAGCUAGUUUUUAUUCGUGGUUUACGAUUAUCGUUUAUUGUUUGAUUUAGUAUUUCUCCCGUGCGGGCACGUUUUCCGGGCCAUACACCGGGUGCUCAGUAACCAACUGCAAACUGCAAAACCCCAAUAGUUAUAGUCGAACACCACACACACACACAAAAGGGCACACGCGAGUAAGGUGGGCGCUAACGAGGAGACAGCGGCAUUAGAGAGACAUAAGCAUCGAGCGCAUAGUGUUCCUUCUUGAGGAGACUGGGACCAGCACCCUCAGAAAGGCCUUAUUGAAACGAAGAGAAACCAGAACAGUAGUAGCAGAUAAGUACAGUAUUCCGAAUGUUACAUAUUACGUUUAUUAAUUGUGUCGUCCGUUUUUUUUUAUCCCCCCCGACGUCUGUGAUCCUGUGUCCCCAUGUUUUGAGCUGCUCGCUUUCGGUAACGAGCGCGAAGAAGCGAUAAUAAGGGAUGACAUUUCGCGACAUUCGGAGGUGGACAUCAGAACGGAUCAGUUUCAAAGUACACAGAGUUGACACGGUAUAACGGAUGUAUACCACUUUAAAGAUAUAUACACGAAGUAAUAUAGCAACGAUGAACUGUGAAAUAGAACCGGCCCGACCGGUCAGCAAAAGCAAAGCGUCAAACCAAUCGAACACAGAUAUUGCAGCAAGAGCGUUUACCAACACACGAUAGCAAACAGCAGAUUAUUUAUUUAUUUAACUAACCAAUCCCUCUGUAUACCGACCUUCGAUUACUGUUGCGACCCGAUUUACCCGAUGGGGUUGUAACGUUUUUGUUUUAAGUUUGCAUUAGAGCAACACCCGCGAAAACACACAAAACCGGCCGGUUGUGCCAGCAAUAAUCAAUAGCAACUUAAUUUCGAAGUACGAGAAUUACUAUUUACAGCUGUAUAACAUGGAAACGGGAAAAAAAUAACAUAGACUAUACAGAGAAGCUCGCAGGAUAGCAGGAUUCAGGAACAGCAGUACCCUUUUACAGUACUGGAACGCACGUACGGGCCGUGAAAAACGGUGCCGACCGUUGCCACAAUUGGUUCGCACUAGCAUUCUUUGCCGAGUUGUGUUAUAUUUGCCUCAAGAGUAAGUCCAUUAGUUGAAUUUUUUAACACUCAGCACUAGCAUUGUUCAUCGAUGAAGAGGAGAAGGCAGAAGUGGGGAGAAUGUUAAACAGAGGACGAGCAGCGAUACUCUAUCGGAUUCUUGCAUCGGCUCACCAAUUUCACGUUCAAAACAGCAAUCAAGAAACAAAACUAGCGUAUCAUUUUGCGGAAAACACACGAAAAAGAUCUGAAUCACCGGCUUGAAAGUCCACAAGAGACGCAAAUCGCUUAGAACAAGAGAUUCAUGCUUUGCUUUAAGUCCAAAUCAACACACACACAGACACAGAAACAAAAAAGGGCAGACAGUUUCAUGCACCAACUGGACUAUUUUUUUAAAAUAGUGUAAGAAGCAAUACAACAUAACCGAGCACAGCCAUCUUGGCUUCUCCCCUUGCGUUGCGUACAUUACUGCGACCGAUGAUGUAAAUUGUGCUCGACGUGGUGCAACACAAAUCCCACUCAAAUCCCACCGUUUUAACGUUUAAAGUAAUCAUCUAGCGUUUAUGAAACUAGUUUAAAAACACCGGUCUUACGUUUCCUCCUCCGUUCGUAUGCACUUGCAAGGGAGCAUGAAUUUUUAACUUUUACUUCCAACCAACCAAGCGUCAAAAUUAUUCAAACACAGCACAGGAGAUCGAACAGACAGAAAACCGGAGCAGAAAGGGCGCAACAAACACCAAUUGCUUCCUUUCCGUUCCGUUGGGCAAUCAACACAAUUCGUUUCGGCUUAAAUGUAAAUGUACGUGCUUUUUUCAUUGUCAAAAUUUAAUUAUAGCAAACUAGCGCAUGUGCGUUACACACGGUAUCCUUACUAGUUUGAUAAUAACGUUGGAUAUAAUGUUUGGGUUUUGGGUUUUUUGGUUCUAAAUUUUUUUUGUAAUAAGAAAAAAAAAACAACGUAAAACAAGCGCAAAAUGAAUGCAACAUAAAAGGAAAAUAAUGAAGAAGAAAAAAAAACAAACAAGCUUUGGAGAAAAUCACAUUCAAACACUACAUUAACAUAAACUGUAUACAUAGUAUCGAAGAAGGAAAAAAGGGGUGCGAAAGUAAGAGAGAGAGAGAGAGAGAGAGAGAGAGAGAGAGAGAGCGAGAGAGCAACAAACGUAUCAGCCUCGAUGUCAAACAUCGUCAGAAGGUGAAACAAGAAUGGUUUAAUCGUAUAACACUCACAUAGUUACCAGCUUAUAAGUUUCCCUGCGAUUAGGAUCACAUCCGGUUCACAGAAGGUGGGGGUGGUGAAAACCCCCCUAGAUGUUAACGUUUUAAUUUAAGCUGUCCGCUUACCAAGCCGUGAGCCACCCGCGACUUGUGCCCUUCAUACACACCGGCGAUCGCAUUUGGUCUCCGAUUGGGUCUCGAGGGUCAAAGGCAAGGCAAAAUGUCGCAUAAGAGCAUGGGAGCGGACAUACAGCACACUACCUUGGUUAUUAUUAUUACUAUCAGGUUCGUUUUGUUUUUUAAGUUACGCAACUAGGCACGGUAUGUAUUUUGGUUUAAACAUGAUUGCGGAUUAAUAGUUGGAUUAGCUUUCGUAAGCUGUGUUUAGUGUGUACACUGUCCUCCUGUACGCGUAAGCUACAAUCAGUAAGCAUCUGAUAAAAAAUGUGUUAAAGUGUAAAAACAAAAAAAUCAUAGACCAUAGAAUUAAUGCGUUUAAGGUGCGCUGCGAAUAUAAAGCAAAACAAGAAAACGUCUACUAAAAAGCAACCAACAACAACAAACACAAAAAGGGGGGAAAACCGUUUGUGUUUCCAUUUCUUCCUCCUUUUCGUCGCCUUUGUACAACUGUCAACGAUCGCGUGUAUCGUAGUGUAUCGCCUUUGGAGCAAAGCGUGUGUGUUUUUUUUUAUAACGUUAUGAAAAGAUAUGGAUGAUAUAUGGAAGAAAAACACGGGAAAAAAAUGGAAACAGAAAACCGUCAACACGAAUAAAACUCAAUUUUUCGUAUAUUAUUUUGUUUUUUUUUUCUUUCGUAUUUUUCGUUGUUAAAAACAUUUAUAAGUUUGGAUGACAUAUGUAUAUGUUAGUUUUAAAUUACUUUUAAUAUUAUUUUUUCUAUUUAAAGGUGAGUAUGAUUUUAAUUUUAUAAUUUAAUUAUCAUUUAUUUUUUAUCCUUUUUUUUCUACACACCGCAGCUUCCUGACGGAGUUUGACAUCGUGCUAAUAAAACGUUGCUCUCGCACCCGAAUCAGAGACCUACAACAACGCACAAGCGAUAAACUCCUAAGCUAGAAGCUUAACACCUCACCGAUAGGGGCAAGAAAAAACUUCAACAACUUACUCUAAUUCAAAGUGAAAACCGUCCAAAGCCCCAAAUGCGAAAGAUCAAAAUGUGAACGCAAUCCGUUUGCAAAAAGCGUUUAUGUUAAUUUUGGUUGCUAUUUGCUUUCCAGCGCUACAACAAGACGAUGGGUGAACAAAAAUUAAACCACUUCUGUUUAAACAACAACAACAAAAAACCUUCAAAACUUUCCCAACAACCCAACAGAGUCUCUACAACCCUAUACAAAUACACACCUAACAUAAGAACGGUUUGGAGCGAAAGGAGAAAAUAAAAAUAAAAACACGUAAAAAUUUACUCAUAUUAUACCAGUCAAAAUUGUAAUACAACACUCUUAACUUUAGAACAAACAAAACGAGGAAAAAAAGAAAUCGUAUAAAUAUUAGAUCUAAAAGCAUAGAAAGAGUAAGGUAUUUCGGCACGUUUCUUACUCUUAGCCGCAGGAAGGGGAGAGGGAAACAAAAUUGUAAAACGAUAAACUUUAGGCAUGUUUGUGUGUGUGUAUGUAUGUAUAACCCGGUGGCGUUAGGUGUAUACUUGUGCAAAUGAUCUAAAACUCACCCAACCUAAACUAGGUUAUGCGCUGUAUGUUCACUACCGCACACAGCAACAACAAGAAAGAAGAGACAAAAACAACCUUCAAUAAGUGAAUGCCCAAAUGCAAAGUUUGGUGGUGCGAAUUUUGGAAUAAACAUUUUAAUUUGUAUCGUACUCUAUUAGAAGGGCGCAACUUUUUAGGCAACUAGCGGAGUAUAUAUUUUAGGCAGGAUAAUGAGGGCGUAGAUGUGGGAAAUUAAGAAAAUUAAAAUUAAAAAACAAAAAACGAAAGCAACUAUAUGAGCAUAUGAGGCGAAUGGGCCGAUGGACGGGGUACUAUCAUCAUCGUCGCCGGGCCUUUUCGAUGAAGGAUUUUUCCAGCCCCGGAAAGGAAAAACGAACUCUUCUAGGACAACUCUUGAAAAGCUAUACCAUUACAUACAUCUGCAGCAGCAGCAGAAGCAAAAAAAACACACUCAUUCACAUACAACCAGUGUGAGAAAGCAGCUGGGUGCUUCUUAGAGGAGGUUAUCCCCGUGAAAUACGCUGUAGAAAAUACGAAAUAAGACCAGACCAGUGUUAAUGUAUCCCUCGUUGGGCGGAUACAUUCCGCUGACGAUACGACGAUGAGAGGAUUUAAAAUUAUAUACCUAUAUAUGAUAUAUACAUAUACAUAUACACAUACUUCACGAGAGAUACGAAUCAGAAAUAUAUUAAGGAGGAGAGCAAAACGUGGGGCGAAAAUUCUGAAGAGAGAGAGAGAGAGAGAGAACCACAGCAAAGUUCAUGAUAUUGAUGGUGAAUAGUUCAAAAUUCGUGGCGGUAUACCAAAUUUAAAAAAAAAAAAAUGCAUUCUAGAGCGUACACUAUACGAUUUUAGAGUUGAGGAUCAAAAUUCGAAAUUUGCAUCGUGUGUGUUUAUUUCGUGUGCAAAAUGUGAGUAGAGAGCAGUGCGGCGAGUUUAGGCGGUAAAUAAGGGUAACAAAAAAAAAAGAAGAAGUGAAAAAUAUUGUAUUUAAAAUUAUUCCCUAGAUGUGUUGGUGUAGUUCAAACAAAACCGUGAGCAAUCAAAGUGAGAGGAAAAAUGUUCAGAUAGGGGAAGGGGGUAGGAAAACACGUGAGACAACCUUUUUUCUAACACCGUACUUCACAAUUACACACCAUUCCUGUAAGAACUGUUUCGGAUUUCUCACACAACAACCAAAAACACAAACACACACACACAUCAUCACCCUUACUAAUUGACACCACAUCUCACCAGACGCUUUUCAUUGUGUAGAGCUCCAAACCCUAGCAACACACGUAGACAAAACGAUGUUAUAGCUGCUGAAUGGCACCAUAAUCGAAUACAAAAAGUACAAACUUGUUUAGGAACAAAAAGGAUGCUUCUGCCAGUCAGAGGAUCAUUCAGAUGCAAAAAAGAAAACAAAGCAAAACAAAUAAGUAAAUGAAAGGACGAGAGUUAUAUUAAGCAUAAGUAAAGAAAAAGCAGUAAAGCACAAAAAAUGUACCAACAAACAACAAUAGACACACAAAUGUUUAAGUAAGAGAACUAUUCCACUCAAAAAAGAAACGUGUUAACCACUUUCACAUACAAUCAUCCCCUCAAAAAAAAAAAAUAAUAAGGCGAAAAGCAAAGGAAACGAUACAACUAAAACGACAAGCAAAUAGUUCAAAAUCAAACGAAAUAAGCGAAAACAAAAACGAAACAUAACACACAUACUUUUCGGAAGUACAAAAUUUCAGGGUUCAAAUUAAGAGAAGCUAAUAACAACAUUAGUCAGUAAAGAUCGCAACAACAAAAAAAAAACAAAACGAAAGAGUUCAAGUAACUGUAACAAACAUAAAAGAAAACAAAAGAUGAAGUUAAUAUAGACAAAAGGAAGAAGGGCAGAAGCACACGCAAGUAAGAGAGUAAACCGACAAAGUACAUUUACCCUAAAUGUAAGUUAUUUGUAAUUAACAAAAACAAAAACAAAAACCUGAUGAACUGUAAAAUUUGCUGUUGGUAAUAGAAAACAAGUCUAUGUGUGCAGGGUGAGAAAGUGAGGUCUGUGAAAGUGGUCAAAAAGGGGAAAUCUCAUAGAACGAAGACACGAAACGUAUCAAGCAGCGUGAGGAACCGAUAGAACGAAAAAAGCAAAAACCAUAAAAGAAAAA